AUGUUGAAUCAUAUAAGUCAAAUAAUUUUUGCCGUUUUUAUAGCAUCAAUUCAAUUAACAAAUGCAUUACAUUUUUAUGUCAAGACAGGAGAAACUAAAUGCUUUUUUGAAGAAUUACAAGAUGAAACUUUAGUUGUUGGUAAAAUUGAUGCUUAUGAAAAAAAUGAUUAUUCAAAUGAAUAUUUUAAAAAUAAUAAAUUGAGAGUACAAAUUACAAUUGAUGAAACUUUUGAUAGUAAUCAUAGAGUCUUUGAUCAAAAAUCAUCACCAGAUGGAGAGUUUACAUUUACAUCAAUGGAUUUAGGAGAACAUAAAUUUUGUUUAACUCCAAUAUACACAGACAACACUCACAAUAAAAUCCAUAGAAUCUUUUUUGAUGUAGCUCAAGGUUCAACUCAUGAUUAUGUUGACUCAAAAUCAACCAAACUGAUUGAUGAUUUAACCAAAAGAGUUAAUUCAUUAUAUGAACAAUUAGAUAAAAUUCAUUGGGAACAAGAAUAUAUGAGACAAAGAGAAGCUGUUUUCAGAGACCAAAGUGAAAGUACUAACUCAAGAGUUGUUAAAUGGUCAAUUGUUCAAUUGUUUGUUUUAGUUGGUACUUGUGUUUAUCAAUUACGUCAUUUAAAAUCAUUUUUUGUUAAACAAAAAAUUGUAUAA